AUGUCAUCAUCAAAACAACGCGUCAUUCUCGUUACUGGAGCUAACAAAGGCAUAGGUUUUGAAGUAAUAAAGAAACUAUUAGAAGAAUCGUCUUCUUCUAGCAAUAAUCUUAUUCUUCUUGGUAGUCGAGAUUUAAAACGUGGUCAAGAUGCUUUACUUCAAUUAGGUUCUCCAUCAAAUGUACAUGUUCUUCAGUUAGAUACAUCAUCAGAAGAAAGUAUUGCUCGUGCGACUGAUGAAAUCAAACAAAAAUAUGGUGGUCAAUUAGAUGUUCUUAUUAAUAAUGCUGCUAUUGCAUCAUGGAACGACACCGCUGAGACAGCACGAGAUAUUUUUGCUACUAAUUAUUAUGGUAUUAAAAUAGUGAACAAAUAUUUAUUUCCACUUAUUCGAGAGAAUGGCCGUGUAGUUAAUGUGUCUAGCGGAGUAGGUGCUUGGGCAUUACAUGACAUGACAGAUGAAAUUCAGAAGAAGUAUAAAUCAGAAACGUUGACUGAAGAAGAAAUUGAUGGUCUUGUUAAAGAUUUUAUUUCAGCUAUUGCCACGAAAACAAUCGACAAGAUUAUGCCUAAUACCAAAUUACUUGGUUUGUGCUAUAGUGGAUCAAAAACUGCACUUACCGCUCUUACACGUGUUCAGGCACGUCGAUGGUCAGGUGCAAAAAAUGUCCUUGUUGUGUCCGUGUGUCCAGGUUAUUGCUCAACAGAUUUGAAUAAUCAUGGACCUGGAUCACGUCCGCCGGCACUUGGUGCUGAUUCUAUUUUAUAUGUAGUCAACACUCCUAAAGCUGAUCUGGAAAAUGGCGAAUUCUAUCAAGAUGGCAAAAAACUUCCGCAAAGUUCCGCAUGUACAAUGGACUUAAGCACACACAAACAACAUGCGGAGGAUAAAGCGUAA